CAGUACUAGCAGGACGCGUCUCACUCUCGCUACCUAAGAGCUUGUAUCUCGCUCGGAUCACUUCUGGAAUUCUCGUCCGAGGACUCCUGUCUGAGCGCUCUCUUACGUGCAUGGUGUUUUCCCGCUCCUUAAAAACCCUCACGAACUAUGAAGGGCAUUAGCCAACACCUCAUCCCGGCUUCUCAAGAAUGCUCGCUGCUCUUGUGCUCUAUCUGCUGGUAGAGGUCUCUUUAGGCUUCGAGAUUGUUGGCCCAAUUACAGGUCUAGAAAUAUCGAACCAGUACCUGGCCCCAGAUGGAUUCACGCGCUCGACCACCGUAGCUGGAGGGACCUUUCCGGGCCCGCUAAUCAAGGGAGUUAAGGGUGAUCGAUUCAAGAUUGAUGUCAAGGAUUCGCUCCAUGAUAAAACAAUGCUCCAAAGUACCAGUGUUCACUGGCAUGGUAUCUUCCAACGGGGUACAAAUUUUGCGGACGGUACUGCCUCGGUCACCCAGUGUCCUAUCACGUCGGGGGAUUCAUUCUUGUACGACUUCCCCGUACCUGAUCAAGCUGGGACGUUUUGGUACCACUCACAUUUGUCGGUACAAUACUGCGACGGAUUACGUGGCCCAUUUGUCGUGUAUGACGGUAUAGACGGAGUGAAUGACCCGCAUAGGGAAUUAUACGAUGUUGAUGAUGAGUCGACUAUCAUCACGUUAUCGGACUGGUACCACAUCCCUACUCCGGAGCUUCUCAAACAACCGGGUCAAAAGAGAUUCAAUUCCACUCUAAUCAAUGGGUCAGGAAGAUUUUACCAAGACCCGACUUCAGCUCUUACAGUGAUCACGGUCGAACCCACAAAACGUUACCGACUCCGUAUAAUCUCCAUGUCGUGUGAUCCAAACUACGUUUUCUCUAUCGAUGGCCACGACCUCACUAUCAUCGAAGCCGACGGAGAAAAUACCGUGCCUCAUACAGUGAACGCCUUGCGCAUCCUUGCAGGUCAGCGGUAUUCUGCCAUCUUGCACGCCAAACAACCUGUGGACAACUAUUGGAUACGCGCACAACCCGGCACUGAGGCUUACGGUUUCACUGGCACCCCCUUCGAGUCAGGAAUUAACUCGGCCAUUUUGAGGUAUGUAGGUGCUCCGGAAGGAGAUCCUACAUCUACGCAGCAAACCCCCCUUGUUCUCUUGAAGGAGGCGGAUCUCCAUGCCCUCGGACAUCCUGGUGCCCCGGGACUACCAUUCCCUGGCGGUGCUGAUGUAGUACUGAACUUGACGAUGGGGAUCGACCUUACUACCGGCCAGUUUUCAAUCAACAGCGUCCCAUUUCAGCCACCCUCGGUCCCGGUUUUGCUUCAGAUCAUGAGCGGAGCGCAGAAAGCGCAGGACUUGUUGCCCCAGGGUUCUGUAUAUGGUCUCCCGCUCAAUAAGACCAUUGAGAUCAAUAUGAUUGGAGGAAUGGCUGUUGGGGAUCCUCAUCCGAUGCAUUUACACGGUCAUGCCUUUGACGUUGUCAAAAGCGCGGAUAGCGAUGUGACAAAUUAUAUUGACCCAGUUCGUCGAGACGUAACAAGCGUUCUCAUGGGCAAUACCACUACCAUACGAUUUGUAACCGACAAUCCUGGGCCUUGGUUUUUGCAUUGUCACAUCGAUUUUCACUUAGAAGCCGGUAUGGCCGUAGUACUCGCCGAAGCUACCGACGAAGCUGCAGCGUUCAAUCCCGCGCCUGCUGCCUGGGAUAAUCUCUGUCCCGAAUACUACAAACUUUCUCCGGAUCAACUCUAGUGUCACUCGUUCGCACUCUCGUAUCUUUCUUACUUUAUGUUGUGCUAUCCGAUAUUGCGAAUACAUCAAAUCCGUGCAUUCUAGGGGUUAAUUCUACCAUAUU